UUUACUCCACGCACGUGUCGGUCAAGUGCAAGUCGUGCCUGGGCAAACUCUGUACAGUUAAGAGGGACUUGUACAACGCCGUGGUGAUGAAAUGCAGAUUCGUCAGUCUAGUAUUUGCAUCUCUCGACUCGACGGAGUCGAACCGAGCCCUACAGAUUCUGAGAGCUUCAGAUGGGUGCACAUUAAGAAAAUUACGUCCAAAGAAGUCGCAAGCUUAGCUAUGCUGGACUGCUUGACCAGUGAUGAAGAUGAGAUAAAGAGCGAACUGGGACUUUCAAUCGAUAUCUCUAAGUACGACGUUACCGCGUUGUGUCUGCGUGAAGUCAACAGUUUACUGGAGAAACAGGUCGCAUUUGCGAACGGCGUGGCAGCGGUUCUGGAAAAAUUGAGGAAGCUACAGCCGAGUGAUCAAUAUACACACACGGUGCAGUUAUUAGGGUAUUAUUUCUUAGGUUUCAAUUACGAGAGCUCUAUUCUGGAGUUCCACGAGCAAGCUAUACACGAUUUGAAGCAGAAAAAGUCGAACUCCGUAGCUGUUCUGUGCUUGGAAGCUAAUUUAAGUCUUUUUACCUUUGCAGAUAACUUGCGAGUCAUGAUUAACAAACUCAGUUGGAAAUAG